GGCAUGGCGGGGGCGGGGCAGGGGGAGGCGCGCACGGAGCAGGCUGGGGCAUCCUGCGCCCUGGCUCUUUGAGCCCGGACCAGACAGGCAGACAAGAGGAGGGCUUCCCGUGAUGGGAUCAGUCAGAUGCCCACCUGGCCGCUCCCCCUGAGGGGACUUGGGCUCUUCUUAGCAUUGGCAGGCCAGUAUAAACCCCUGGCUUGGAUCAAGCUAUGCCCGAUGCUGCCUUAAAUCUUAUGAGGUCACCCCAGAACCACAGGUGCUGGGAAUACAGCAAGGAAUUAGACCAGUUCCCUGCUCUCUGAUAUGGGGGGACAGAUAAUAAAAAGGGUGACUGACUCAUUUCUCUGAUGACUUCAUUCUGCCCUUGAACCUAUCAAGAUGUGAUAAUGGAUCAUCAUGUUUCUACCAUCAAGCCUCGAAGAAUCCAAAACCAAAAUGUCAUUCACCGCUUGGAACGCCGGCGGAUCAGUUCAGGCAAGGCAGGUACCCACUGGCACCAAGUCCGAGUGUUCCAUCAGAAUGUCUUCCCCAACUUCACAGUUGUCAACGUUGAAAAGCCUCCUUGUUUCUUGCGUAAAUUCUCACCUGAUGGACGCUACUUUAUUGCUUUUUCUUCAGACCAGACAUCUCUUGAAAUCUACGAGUACCAGGGCUGCCAGGCAGCAGAGGACCUACUGCAGGGAUAUGAAGGAGAAAUCCUGUCCAAUGGCAAUGACCAGCGGUCAGUGAAUAUCCGGGGCCGGCUCUUUGAACGCUUUUUUGUCCUGCUGCACAUUACCAAUGUUGCGGCCAAUGGUGAGCACCUGAACCGGGAGUGUAGUCUCUUCACUGAUGACUGCCGCUGUGUCAUCGUGGGCUCAGCUGCCUACCUCCCGGAUGAGCCUCACCCUCCAUUUUUUGAGGUAUAUCGGAACAGUGAAUCAGUGACCCCCAACCCACGGUCCCCUCUAGAAGACUAUUCCCUCCACAUCAUUGACCUUCACACUGGCCGCUUAUGUGAUACACGCACAUUCAAGUGUGACAAGGUGGUCUUGUCACACAACCAAGGGCUGUACUUGUACAAAAACAUCCUGGCCAUCUUGUCCGUGCAACAACAGACCAUCCAUGUCUUCCAGGUGACUCCUGAAGGCACUUUCAUUGAUGUGCGGACCAUUGGCCGCUUUUGCUAUGAGGAUGACCUGCUCACUGUGUCAGCUGUUUUCCCUGAGGUACAGCGGGACAGUCAGACAGGCAUGGCCAAUCCCUUUAGGGAUCCUUUCAUCAAUUCCCUCAAACACCGGUUGCUGGUAUAUUUGUGGCGCCGGGCAGAACAGGAUGGUAGCGCAAUGGCCAAGAGGCGCUUCUUCCAGUAUUUUGACCAACUGCGGCAGCUGCGAAUGUGGAAAAUGCAGCUUCUGGAUGAAAACCAUCUGUUUAUCAAGUACACUAGUGAGGAUGUAGUAACACUGCGAGUCACAGAUCCAUCACAGGCAUCUUUCUUUGUGGUGUACAAUAUGGUGACGACAGAGGUGAUUGCUGUGUUUGAGAAUACGUCAGAUGAGCUUUUGGAGCUCUUUGAGAACUUCUGUGACCUUUUUCGUAAUGCUACCCUGCACAGUGAAGUCCAGUUUCCCUGCUCAGCUUCUAGCAACAAUUUUGCAAGGCAGAUCCAGCGCCGAUUCAAAGACACUAUUAUAAAUGCCAAGUAUGGAGGGCACACAGAGGCAGUACGCCGGCUGCUGGGUCAGCUCCCCAUCAGUGCUCAGUCUUACAGCGGUAGCCCCUAUCUGGAUUUGUCUCUCUUCAGUUAUGAUGACAAGUGGGUAUCUGUCAUGGAGCGGCCCAAGACUUGUGGAGAUCACCCAAUCAGGUUCUAUGCCCGGGACUCGGGCCUGCUCAAGUUUGAGAUCCAGGCGGGGUUAUUGGGCCGCCCCAUCAACCACACAGUGCGACGCCUUGUUGCCUUCACCUUUCACCCUUUUGAGCCUUUCGCUAUUUCUGUGCAGAGGACUAAUGCUGAGUAUGUUGUCAACUUCCAUAUGCGACACUGCUGCACAUAGGUGCCUCACCAGAGCCAGGUUAUCUGGUCUUCCAAGACUGCCACUCACUUAUCUCAGUGGACUCCAAAGCAAAAGCUCCUGACUACUGGCUCUGUUAGUUGCAGCCUGCUAUACCUCAGAUGCGAGAGAGCCAGAGAGAGGAGUGAGGGUGGCUCAACCUAAUGAAAUUUUUAAAUUGUAUACAAUACUGCUACUGAUUGUUACAAUAUCCUCUUGCCUUUUCCUUGUGGGAAUGCCCAGCAUUAAUUAAGUCCAUUUCAUUUUUGCUUUACUUUGCAUUUGAUUGCUGUGAAGAUGAAAGCAUUAGACUUAUAUCCCCUUCAUGUCACUUCUUUGGCAUUAUGGUUUGUGUCUGAAAGCAGUUACAUCUUGUUUACUGAUGAGAACAACAUACAUCCUUUCCAUUUAGCUCAUGAGCACGGCUAUCUUUUUAAGAGAAAAUAAAGCCAUGGUAUUUUCAUACUUAAA